GCACGUUCAACUGCUACUGAGCGGCUUGGUCUGCUGAACGCGCCCAUUCUCUAUUCAGUUGACAAUCUUUUUUUUAGAAGGCAGUCUUUUCGGCGUUUUUUUGUAUACGUGUCUCGCGAGGGUUACUUGAGAAUCGAUUGGCAAUAUCGAGGAGGGGGGGGGGAAGGAGAAGUUUCAUAUAUGAGAUAAAAACGAGUUUGUUUGAUCAAUACGUUGCAACGACGAGAUUGGUGACAAGAAUAAAGACAGUGACGAAGCAACGAUGAUAACGACGACGAUUACGACGACGACGACGACGACGACGAUGACAAUAACAAAGAAGGCGAUGUCACAAAGAAGGAGGGGAAUGGAAGAGUGUGCGUGGUGUGCUUCGUUGACUUUCGUUAAUCUUUUCCAAAAUGUACAUUAAAGAUAUAUCAGCUUUUGCGCGACGACGGCUGUAAAAUAUAACAAACAAACAAAAAAUAAUAGGGCUUUCCUUCGUUAAGCGAGGUAAGACGAGGUUUAACGUACUUUCUCCGAGAACGAUACUGCCGUUAUGCAUGUAUAAAAGAGAAACUAAGUUAACUAAUCGUAAAUGCACGAAAAUUUUCUUAAACGGAUAGCAAGAAAAAUGGCUUUGUAGUGUCUCGAUAUUCUCGAAUCAUUAAUCCUACGUCGUGAGAUAAUAAAUAAUGAUAUUAAUGAAAUAAAAAAAUAAUUAAUUAAUUAAAUACGAAACAAAAAUCCUAGAACGCUGGGCUAUAAAGCAUUGUAAAGUGUCAAGCUACGGAGCCUGUCGGCCAGUAUAAAUGAACAAGCAACUGCCAUGGGUCCUCAAAAGCUAGGUAGAAACGUGCUAAGAAUCCAAUUUUAACGAAGAAGCUAGCUGUCGAAAUAUUUAAUGAAAAAAAAAAGAAAAAAAAUGCGCGAAGGAUCGUCCAUUAAAGACAAACAAAUCUGCGGUACGUGUGUGUAUGGGUAUGUGUGUGUGAGUGUGUGUGUGUGUGUGUGUAAUACGCGCUCGCGCGUGUCGUGCGGCACGCGGUCGCGCUCGCACGCAAGACGAGACACGCGCGAAAACGAGAAAAAACACAGAGAAGCUCCUCCGUUGAGAAUAUGACAUUCAUUACUUACACUUUUAUUAACAGAAUAAAUAACAAAAAAGGAAAUAUAUAUAUAUAAAUAUAAAUAUAAAUAUAUGGGUUAUUUGCACAAUAUUAUAAAUAAUUACUAUGUUUACUACGAUUAUUAAAUUAAAGAGCAAAUAUAAUAAGAGGAUAAAAAACUGUUGUUAAAUAAUUAAUACAAAAAAGAGGGGGGGAGUGAGCGAAAAAAAAAAUAAUAAAACGAUUUACGCUAACGAUCGACAUUGGGUCAAAACGGGAAAGCGAAAGGAGGACGCGAUGAAACGAGGAUACGAUGAGGGAGAGAAGGAAGAAUAAGAAGAGAAGAAAAAAAAGGAGGAGGAGGAUAUGAUUCGUUUGUUAUCGAUUAGUUAACGAUCCUUACACAUUAUAUUAUUGUAAUUAUAUAAAGUAAAUGAUUAUUAUCAUAAUAGUUACAAUUAACAAGUUGUUACCGCUUUGUUAUACAUAAUAUAAUUAAUAAUAAGAUUAAAUAGUAAGCGAAUGCAUCGUUGAUUCGUCCUUUACUUAUGUAGAUACUAAAAAAUAUCGAUCGACUAUAUUGUUUUCAAUGUCUUCACCGUAUCUCUUCGUUUGCUACCCGCGUUCAUUUCGUUGUCGAAGAUUCGGUAUUGUCGGCUUACCUCGCCCGGCCACAAUAUACACACGUUUUACAGAGAUAUUUUCAAUAAACGAAAAAGCUUAACACUCACACCGUUGUAUUUGUUCAUCACUCUGUCGUCCCUGAGAUUCGAGAUUCUAAUCACCGGCUCGUAUCAGCGAAAAUGAACGUGACAGUGACAAUACUGACAAUAAUAUACUUGUGUCAAGUAGAAGCGCAUAUAUUUUAUAUUAUCUCUUAAAGAUUAGAUAUUUAGCUUAUACAAUCUCUAAACCUGUUUAAAGAAAGACUUAUCAGUUUUAGCGAAAUUAACGAAUAUAAAGAGCUCGGCGAAAUAUGUAUUUGCGGAAAUUUGCGAAAACGCUGGUUAGAACGCAGUGACGUUCGUUUCUCAAUAACAUAUUGUUUCGCAGCUGUCUGGAGGAACAUUUAAUUACAAACGCAGCCGAUGCAAGUAAAGGCCGCAAUUUCCGAAAGGCAAAAACAAAUUGGUUAUUAAAUUAUACAAAGUAGCAAUAAAGACUUUUUAUCAAACGACGUUUCGAUUGUCGAUUAUAAUUAACAAAGAUAGCCAGUUAGGUCGAAUAAAAAACCUUUUAAUUAUUUACUAGCAGAGUAAAAGUUUCUGAUUUGGUUUAAUUAUACAAACUAACUUAUAACUACGAAUUAACUUAUAGCCGAAUCGCGGAUAGCGCGUAAAUAUACACUCUGAAUUUAAUUUACUCCAAGUUGCUGCUCGUAUAUCUUUUUGUGCGAUAUCUUCCGACAGAUUGUCACUAUCAUUCAAGUAUUACGACUCUACCUAACUGACUUGAGACGAGCUUCCUGGAGCUGGAGAGGGAAUGAGACAACGGGUUAAGAAACGCUAUCAUUAACGCCGUCCACUGUACAAUCUUGUAGACGUGGUGCGGCGACGCGUGGGUGCUCGCUCGAGGAUUUUUACACGAAGAUCGUGCGCGGAGAGCGAGCGAGCGAGCGAGCAUGGGUGGGGUCUCGAGGACGAAUCGCUGCCAGUGCCUACUGCCUCGUAAGUUCGGUGCGAGCAGCCGGUCUGGACGGUCUGGUACCGUCGCCGUCGACGCCGUCGUGCCUUCUACGAACGCUGGCGCGACGCUCGCCGAGUAAUGGCCGUUCUGUCAGUUCUGUGUGUGCUGCUCCGAGACUCGGAUACAUACUUCCUCCGUGCGGCGAGUCUGCGUAAGAAAGAUGGACGUUUCGAGGUCACUCGGGCCUCCUCGCGGGCUCUGAGAGAGUUGUCGAAUCAGUGAAAUUGGAGCGGCGAGAGGCGUCGCGCCGUAUCACGGAUCGGAGUCGAUUACGCGCGGCACGGCACGGCACGGCGCGACGGCGAGGCUGUCAAAGAUCCCUCGCCGAGGAAAACGAGAGAGACCGAGGCCGAGGAGCGACGGCGGACGGCGCGCGCGCGGUUAAUACGACGUUCGUUAUCGCGCUUAUCGGGCGUCCCCGACGGCGACGACGAGCACUGACCUCGCGUGCAGCUGCAGCGUCGCCGCGGGCUUCAAUGAUCGAGUAUCUGGCACUCGUGACUCAUUGUCACUUGGCGACUUGGCAGGUCCAGGCUGAGGAGGAAGGAGUCACGUCGAUUUCGACAUCGAGGAGGUUAGCGCACAGCAAGGUAUUUUAGCAUCAGCGAAGCUUGGUGAUAUCUACUAUGGAGAAAAAGGGGCUGCGCAAGAGAGAUAUAUUGAGGAUGGACGGUCUCCUGCCUCCAACUCGGCGUUUGCCAGUUUGUGACGCAGUAUCCAGUGCAUCCGAUAAGAAAAAGGACAAGAAAUGGUCUAUAGGUGGACUGCUGCGAAGAAUAUCUUCGAUAAAGGAUUAUGACAGUUCCUCUAAUGAUGAAGAAAUCGUCUAUUGUAAAAGAACACCGAAAAAACCUAGCAAGCUCAGGCACGUCGACGGUGUUGUUCUACAUUCAAUAGAGAACAAGGCGGAUCACGAUAAACGGAUAAAAAUCGAAAAUAAUGUUCGCCACGUGAUGGAUUCGCCGCAUUCGUGUCGAGACUCGUUGCAUUCGCGUAGCAGCGACGGUUCGUUGGACGGUUUAGGGAAGAAGUCUCGAAGGAACAAACUGAAAGCUCGGGCCGAAGCGAAGAGGGAUCAUUUGUGCGCUGGCAGCAGUUCCGACGAAGACUCUCGCAGAUCCAACAGCUCUUUAAACAGAUUUAACGUCGCGGAUAGCGCGCUGAAUGGCCAGAAGAACAAUAUGUGCAAUAGGAAAACUCGUGCCGCUCGAACGGAGCGUUACAUCAAGCGCUUAUCUCGGGACGAAGGCAAUGGCAGCGGCGAUACUUUGAACGACCUAUAUAACAAAAGGUGUUCCUCGGACUACAUCGAAGAUAAGGAACGCACUGUUUACGCCGACACGAACGGAUUGUGUCGUCCGCCGAUACAUCCGCGUCGAUCGAUCGUGUACUCGAACACGCGCGCGUUUCCAGCUCAAAAAUCUUCCAUGGAAAGUCUGCGGGAUGCGGAACGCGCGAAUUUACCGUAUUCCGGUGAAACUUUCGCUGAUGUCAGGAGAUAUUCUACAGGUCAAUACAUCACGGACUUGAAUCAGAACAACACUUACGGGAAGAUCUCGCGACAUCACAGCGGCGACGUGUACGCGGACGGCCAUCGAGCUAGGAACUUCUUUACAUAUCCCGCGAAAAACGCCUGCCAUUACUCGGAAACGUUCGACUACAACGUUGAUCGCCGAUUAAUUAAUUCAGACAAUCAGCCACCCGAGCCACCUCCGAGGGAUCCUCGUUAUCGCGCGUUCGGUUACGGAUGCAGUUCCUAUCCGAUGAACAGACAUCAAAAUGUGCCAACGUACUUCAAACAAGAAGAUAAUAAUAAGACUAAUGUUGCAAGAGGAGCAUCGAGACCCACCUGGAAGAAUAUUCGAUCAUACGGAUCGAACAACGAGAUCGCCUGGCGCGAUACGAUGGAACGCGAGCUAGGAAACUCGAGUUCUAAAACAGAGUUUCGUAAUUCGCUGGAGCGCAUAAACAAUAAAUAUAAUUCGAGCCAUCACUGCGCGAACGAGUCGGCCUACAGGGAAAUCGAAACGACGAGACGCAGAAACAUUCGCAACGAUCAGCUCAAUCGCAACGACGCGAAUUACCGCGUGUACAAGGCCAAGAAUAAAUCAGCGAACUUCUGUGAAACGAAUAAUAAACAUUACGAGGCGAUUUCAUCGCACGCAUCUGCGUCGGAUUGGUCAUCUGGAAGAUCUCCCUGCGAACAACAUAUCACGCCUACCAUUACUCCGUCGACAUGUGACAUCAAUUAUCGUGCUGAGGAGAGCAAAAAAGAGAACAAUAGAGAAACGACCGAGGAAACUCUGGAGAGACGGAGAAGCUCGAAGAACCUCGAGGAAGCUUUGUCAGAGCUGGAAGCGAUAUACAACAGUCUUCGCCUCGGCGACGAGGACCUGCUGGAUCGCGCGGAACGCCGAAGCAUGGAGGAGUUUAAUCAGAAGCAAGGUAAAAACGAGAUCGACGCGAUUGUGGUUACCCCGGACUCGCCGGACAGGACGAAGGACGACAUGGCCUACCGAAGGAUGCAUCCCAAGGAGAGACCCACGUCGCUCUCGGAUAUCGCGGGACAGUCGACUCUGUCCAGCAUCAGCUAUCUCAUCGCCUCGCCCGUCCUUUCGCGAAGGGACUCGGCGGAUGAUCUCGUGCGCUUGCCGUCGGCAUAUCCGUCUCGUCGGGACGAGCCGGACGUGACUCGCGACGACGUGCUCUUCCGCAGUAUAAGUCACGCCAACAACACGCUCCGGGUGGUCGACCCGCAGCCGCCGUUCGGUAUACCGCUCGGACCCGUCACCGCGGCGACCGAGAGCGAUUACCUGCACACGACACCGACGAAAUCGGAACAGCCGCGCUCGUCGUACAUACCGCAGUGCGAACCUGACGUGAUCACGGACGACUUGGCUUACAGAUCCCUCAGGAAGGACGCCGUCGCGGCGCGGGGCGUCACGGAGAGCAAGAUCGACGUGUCGAAGGAACAAUCGGAGGCCGUUACUCGCGGCAAGAAACGCGCCGUUAGAUCGCUGUCGGCCAAUCUUUACGGGCUGAUCAAUCACGAUCGGAUUCACCUGCGACGCGAGCCCAGUCUCGACGCCAUCAAAGAUGAGAUCCAGGACGUCACGAGGAACCUUGCCGCGAUGCCCGAGCGACCAGAAUAUCUCAGGCGCGUCGUGAGCGACGGCGAGUUGUCGGAUAACGAAGCGCAUAGGUGGAAAGAACUAGCGGUAAAAGGUGAUAUCGAUAUCAACGGCAACCAUCCGGCGGCAGGCGCGUACCGGAAGAAGAUAUGCGCCUACGUAUCACCGGAUACGACGACGACCACGCGAGAAAGUCCGAAGAAGGAGAAGGAGUCGGGUAACGCGGAGCUAUCCGACGUCAUGCUAUCUUCAAAGGCCAUCCUGAACGACGGAUUUUGGCACGAGUACCUGCAUUCGGAUUCCAACGUUUCGGCGGCCAAUAGCGGUCACAACACGGAGACGGACUUUACCGCGUACAGUCGCCUCUGCCAAGAUUUAGUUAAUUUGAUAAAAGACGACGAUGACGCGGCGUCGCCGGCGCCGAUCGAAUCGCCGAACGCGGACGAUCCCGUCGUUGCCGAUAAGUCGAACGACUUCGGCGUCGACGUCGAGGUCGACGAACCUCCGACGAGUAUACGUAUACGUUCCUUGGGUAGCCAUUAUUCGGACUCGCAGCGUGGUGCCAACACUGCCAACAACGAGCGGAAUGUCGGGAGCGAGAAGACGGCGAGCCCGACCGAUUCGAAUUCCACGAGGUCUUCGUCGGACUCGACGUCUACGCCGCCGCCGGCAGCCAGCAACCUUGAUUUCUAUCUUCGCGUGGCGGAUGAGAACGUCAAGCUGAUCGCGGAGGCUUUCGGCAACGUGGCCGACAGCUUGCGCGACAGUCAGCUAUCCGCUCGCAAGAACUCUUCGGUGUCCCGUGGCUCCGAGAUCGAGGACCAAAGUAGUAGCGCGCGCAACAGCUCCACGCCCUACAGCCAGGACGAACCGACGAGCGACGAUCGGCCUAUCGUCACUCCGAGACUCGAGGAACGUGCUCGUGGAACUUCAAAGCGCGAUUCCUUAACGAGCGACGAUUGGGACCAAGGUGAUGCCAACCGCCUCGAGGACGACGUUUCCACCGCCGACGCGGAGCUGGACCUGUCCAGGGCCGUUCGCGACCUGCAACUAGCUGCGGCCAGUCUCUACGAGCACGAACAGGAGAUCGAGGAGCUGGCCACCAGACGCGGAAGGACCGCCGCGACCAGCGCGGACGAGAGCGAGGACGGCGCGAUCCGCAAGAUCGGCUUUAUCGGCGACGCCCUGAGGCAGGAGCGGGAACGCGAUCAGGAGGAAACCGUGGUCCUGCCUAGCGGAAUCGAGGCGCGAAGCGGGAAGAGUCGCGAAGGUCUCCAGGCGCUCGCUCGUUCGCAGUGACGAGAUCGUCGCCGAGAUGCGCUCCAAUGCGCUCGAGCUCGAACUUGGACGUUGGUCGUUGAUCGGCGGUGGUAGGGUGACAGGUGACACGAGGCAGGUUGAUUUUUUUGUAAGAAACGAGAGAAUAAGAAGGAGAGAGAGAGAGAGAGCGAGAGAGAAAGAGCGAGAGAUGCAGUUGCCGCGGGCUGCUUUUGAGGCACAUCGACUUUGUUGUUGUUGCUCUUGUUACUCUGUUGUUGGUUUUAAUAAAGUUUAAAUGUUAAUCCUUCCAGUGA